UAACUAACAUCUUUGACUGGAGUGGAAAAAACAGUUCUAUUAGCAUAUACCAGCAGAUUAUUAUUACAUGUCAGGACGGUAGCCGGAAAACAACUCGGAACGACAAACCAGAAAUUGAGUUUUAUUCCUGUAGGGCUCUGCUUUUUAUUUGCGGAUGAGACAUGUCCUCGGCGGCGUCCAGGCCUUUAUUUGUUAUCUGAGAGGAGUCGUAGCUGACUGGCUAGCUGGCUAACUCCUCCCUGCCCCUCACUACGAGCUAGCUACUUAGCGACAGAGGUGUGAAAAUAUAAAGAAAUCCGGCUUUGGCAGGCUGUGGUCAAGAGAACGACACUUGACAAUGAAUGGCCUUUCUGUGAGUGAGCUGUGCUGCCUGUUCUGUUGCCCCCCCUGCCCCAGCCGCAUCGCUGCCAAGCUUGCCUUCCUGCCCCCUGAACCUACCUAUGCCCUCCUGCCCGAUCUGGAGGCCGGGCCGGUACCGGCCGGACCAACGGGGACGUCAAGCUUGCGCUCCCGGGGAGGAGGUGGCGGCAGUGGUGGGAGUUCGAUAGGGGGGGUGAAUACCACUGGAGAGGGGCGCUGGAAGCUCCACCUCACAGAGCGGGCAGAAUUCCAGUACUCCCAACGGGAGUUGGAUGCCACGGAAGUGUUCCUGACUCGCUCUAGUCGGGGAAACAAAGUGGGCUGCAUGUAUAUCCGCUGUGCCCCCUCUGCCAGAUUCACUGUCCUGUUCUCCCAUGGUAAUGCAGUGGAUCUAGGCCAGAUGAGCAGCUUCUAUAUCGGCCUAGGCACUCGAAUCAACUGUAACAUAUUCUCCUAUGAUUACUCUGGCUACGGGGUCAGCACGGGGAAGCCCUCGGAAAAGAAUUUGUAUGCAGACAUAGAUGCAGCGUGGCAGGCUCUACGCUCAAGAUAUGGCAUCAGCCCAGAGAAUAUUAUCCUGUAUGGACAGAGCAUUGGCACGGUGCCCACGGUGGACCUGGCAUCACGAUACGAGUGUGCGGCUGUGAUACUUCACUCUCCUCUCACCUCUGGCAUGAGGGUGGCCUUCCCCGACACUAAGAAGACUUACUGCUUUGACGCAUUUCCCAACAUUGAGAAAGUGUCUAAAAUCACAUCUCCAGUGUUGAUCAUCCAUGGGACGGAGGAUGAGGUGAUAGAUUUUUCCCACGGGCUGGCCCUGUACGAGCGCUGCCCCAAAGCUGUGGAGCCGCUGUGGGUGGAGGGGGCCGGACACAAUGACAUCGAACUGUACACCCAGUACCUGGAACGCCUGCGUCGUUUCAUUGGGCAGGAAUUGGCCGCACAACACGCCUAAGCUCUCCCUCUUCUCCUCCUUGUCAUCCCACCAUCUCCCAGUCCGAGCGAGAGUGAGAUGGAUGCAUCAGUAACUUAUUGAUGGCUGCCAUUUUGUAUGGACAACCUUACUGUCAGAGCAGCUUGACAGAUGAUCCACUGCUCAGAUUUGUUUUCUUAAGUGUUUUUGUUUUUUUCUCCCUCC